AUGCUACCAGAAAGCGAUACUAUCGAAGCCCAAGUGCUAGAACAGAGGCAAGAGAGCCUAGGCCCAGAGGCUCAGAUCGACAGGGAAAUGGACAGAGAGGACCCCUACCCAGCCACUCCUACCCAGCAACCAGCCAGCCAAGAGAGCAACUCCUCUACCCCAAAACCAACUGCCAAGAACUCGGAGCAGGCCAUCUACUGGGCGAGAGACCUGAUUCUCCAAGCGUCAACUAUGGCUAAAUCUCAUGUGGGCCCAAGAUAA